AUGCACGUCCACUCGUUCCUGCCCAUCUUGGGCCUCACGCUCGCUACUAUUGCCUCCGCCCAGGACAACUCCACCCAAAUCCCCGUCGUUCAGGCUGGCGCUGUCAAUCCGGUUGCCAACACCAAGCGCUCUCUGAUUCCUGCCUCGGCCGCUCGCCGUAACGUUGGCAAACGCGCCCAGAAUGGUAUCUGUGAUGCUCUCCCCAGCAAAUGGAGCUACAUGGGAUGCUUCAGCGAUAGUCCCAGCGACCGUGUCCUGGCUGGCGCGAGCGAAUGCCUCGAUACCAACGGCCCCGAUGGCAUGACACAGGAGAAGUGUAUCGAGUACUGCGACCAGAAAGGAUACUCUCUUGCUGGCGUCGAAUGGGGCCAGGAGUGCUACUGCGGCUACGCUCUCGACUCGUCUAGCAUCAAGGCUGCAGAGAGCGACUGCAGCAAACCCUGUACCGGCAACACCGCUGAAGUCUGCGGUGAGGGCGGUCGCAUCAACGUCUUCACCAACGGUGACACAGCUCCUGCCAUCCUUGCUGCCACCGGCGACUUCACUUCCAUUGGCUGCUAUUCCGAUUCUGCCUCGGCCCGCACCCUAACGACCUCUGUCAGCCUGCCUGGCAACGUCAGAGUCAGCGACUGUACCACGGCUUGUGAAGCCAAGGGCUUUCAGUAUGCUGGCCUUGAAUUCGGCGGUGAAUGCUACUGCGGAGCAUCAAUCCAAAAUGGUGGCGCCCCGAUCGCUGACAGCAAGUGCAACAUGGCUUGCUCGGCGGACAAGACACAAUAUUGCGGUGGUGCUGGUGCCAUCAAUAUUUACAAGAGCAACCAGCCCCAACAAGGUCCCAGCACUAUUCCCGACGGUUGGUCGUCAAAGAACUGCUACACUGACAGCCCAUCCAACCGCGCCUUGUCUUACCAGAUCCCCAACUUCAGCUCCUUCAGCAACGCUCAGUGCAUCUCCGAAUGCUCCAGCCGUGGCUAUUCCCUUGCCGGCAGCGAGUACGGCUCCGAAUGCUACUGCGGCAACACCAUCGACAACGGCAACAGCCCCGCCACAAGCGGCUGUGACAUGGCUUGCAACGGCAACCACGCCGACACCUGCGGUGGCGCCGGUCGCAUCAACAUCUUCACCAACGCCUGCAGCGGCACCCCUGGCUGCCACUACGGUUAUGGCCUGAUCCGUGAGAUCGACUACAUCUCCACGCACGACUGCAUGGCCCAAUGCCAUGCCGACCCCGAGUGCCAGUCUAUUCAAACCGGCACCGAGCACCUCAGCGGCGACCUCGUCUUCUGCAAUCUCUUCAAGUACCCGGUUGCGGUCGUUCGUGCCCAGGGCUAUGACAACGAUGCCCGCUGCAACUCGUUCACUCUGUACGAGAGCAGCUGCGCUUUGUAA